AUGGAGAUACGGAGCUUGGUUGUUUCGAUGAACCCUAAUUUAUCUUCCUUUGAGCUCCUCUCUCGUUCUGUACCUCCCAUCACUCGCUCACUCGUUAGGUUCAAAUCAGCUAAACAAGCCCCCCGCACCAUUCCUAGGGUUUCGGCGUCGAAUAGUGAUCAAACUUCUUCAACUGAUGUGAAACCUGUUUACGUCCCGACGUCUUCCAAUCGGGAGCUCCAGACUCCUCAGUCCUCACUAUACCAUUUCGAUGGAUCAGCUGCAAAGUUCUUCGAGGGAUGGUAUUUCAGAGUUUCAAUCCCAGAGAAGAAGGAAGGUUUUUGUUUUAUGUAUACUGUGGAGAAUCCUGCAUUCCGGCAGAGGUUGUCACCAGUAGAAGUUGCUCUAUAUGGACCUAGGUUCACUGGUGUCGGAGCCCAGAUUCAUGGCGCUAAUGAUAAGUAUCUUUGUCAAUACACACAUGACUCUCACAACUUCUGGGGAGAUGGACAUGAGCUAGUUUUGGGGAAUACUUUUAGUGCUGUGCCAGGCGCAACGUCUCCAAACAAGGAGGUUCCACCAGAGGAAUUUAACAGAAGAGUGUCAGAAGGAUUCCAAGCUACCCCGUUUUGGCAUCAAGGUCACAUUUGCGAUGAUGGCCGGACUGACUAUGCGGAGACUGUGAAAUCUGCUCGUUGGGAGUAUAGUACUCGUCCUGUUUACGGUUGGGGUGAUGUUGGAGCCAAGCAGAAGUCUACAGCAGGAUGGCCUGCAGCUUUUCCUGUAUUUGAGCCUCAUUGGCAGAUAUGCAUGGCAAAAGGCCUUUCCACAGGGUUGAUAGAAUGGAGUGGUGAAAGGUUUGAGUUCCGUGAUGCACCUUCUUAUUCAGAGAAGAAUUGGGGUAUAGGCUUCCCAAGAAAAUGGUUUUGGGUCCAAUGUAAUGUCUUUGAAAGAGCAAGUGGAGAAGUAGCUUUGACAGCUGGUGGCGGUUUGAGGCAGUUGCCUGGAUUGAACACAUAUGAAAAUGCUGCACUGGUUUGUGUACACUAUGAUGGGAAAUUUUACGAGUUGGUACCGUGGAAUGGUGUUGUUAGAUGGGAAAUGUCUCCUUGGGGUUAUUGGUAUGUGACUGCAGAGAACGAAACCCAUAUGGUGGAACUAGAGGCAAGAACAAAUGAACCGGGUACACCUCUGCAUGCUCCUACAGGAGAAGUUGGACUAGCUACGGUUUGCAGAGAUAGUUGUCACAGUGAACUGAAGUUGCAGAUAUGGGAACGGCUACAUGAUGGAAGUAAAGGCAAGGUGAUACUAGAGACAAAGAGCACAAUGGCAGCGGUGGAGAUAGGAGGAGGACCAUGGUUUGGUCCCUUUCUUCAAGCCACCUGGUCUGUAAACAUUGAUGAGUAUUAUAGGAGAGAUUUUUUUUAA